ACCAGUAUUCCUUAGCCGUCAACGCGACGAGAACAAACGGAUCGGCGAUUGCUGCAACACACGCCACGCGACUGUUAUGACUUUGGUGUGUCACAAUAAAUUGUGAUGUUGUAGAACGAGAGCGAAACGGAAUUAAAGCAUAAUAUAAACAAUAAUAACUACAAACACGCCGCAUUACAGGCGAAUUAAAAAUUUGAAUAGGCAAAGCAGGAAGCGGAAAGUGCUAAGCGCAAAAUAAACACACGCACCAACGGAUAUCCUGAUUAAGUUUUCGGCUGUAACGGUACGGCUGUGUAAAAGUGUGUUUGUAGUUAGUUAGCAGAAGCAAAGAACAAAGUAAAAAAUUAUUAAAAAACAAUAUCAACUGUAAGGUGGCAGUGAGGUGGAAGUUACUAAACGGUCAAAUAAAUAGCAACAAUCCGCUCGCUGUAUGCUUACAACGAACUUUGUUUGUUUGUGUUGGGCGUAUGUGUGUGUGCGCGGGUACGCUUAAAAUGAAAGAUACAAAUGAAAACAUAAAACUUCAAUACUGAGGACAGCAUACCAGCAGCUAUUAUACUCACACGCUCGCUUACUUAUAUGUGGGUGCAUAGUUCUUGGAAACCGUGCGACGGGAAGUACUUCUGAAGAAGGACCAAUCAAUUGCUCAAUGUGCUUCCGACACGGGCUACACCCUUUGCUGGCAUAACCAAAGGCUACAACUCGCGCAUACACAUAUACUUACAUAUAUAAGGAUACCGCAUAACGGUACAGCAGCCAGCAACUACUCUCAUACUAUCAUAUUUGUUAAUAAAAUGGCUGUAAAAGGCACGCUAUCAAGCGCUCCCAGCAGUUGGACGUCCUCCAGACUCGGCACCACGUCCUACAUAUCGCGCAUGGCUUGCUUCGUCUUUUGCUUGCUCUCUGCUCUGCCGCUGCCGUUCUUCACAACAGCUAAUCGUUUAUCGGACACCAAGCUCCAUGAAGUCUAUCUGGACAACUCCGAAAUAAAACUGAGCUGGAUGGUGGAUUGGUAUAAGCAGGAGGUGCUUUUUCAUCUACAAAAUGCCUUUAACGAAAAUCAUCGCUGGUUCUAUUUGGGCUUUUCGAAGCGCGGCGAUGUGGGCGAUGCUGACAUCUGUUUCUUUGAGAAUCAAAAUGGAUUUUUCAACAUUGUCACUGACACGUAUACCAGUCCAGAUGGUAAAUUUGUGCAAAAAGACUAUCAACAAGAUUGCGAACUUUUCAAAAUGGAUGAAUACACGUUGGCAUUUAAGCGAAAAUUCGACACCUGUGAUCCGCUAGACUUGAGGAUGCAUGAGGGCACAAUGUACAUUAUGUGGGCCAGGGGUGAAAGUCGUUUGGCACUGGAAGAUUAUCAGUUUCCCUUUCCGAAUGUUUCCUCACAUGAAUCCGGCAUUAAGAUGAUGCAGUUACUUCGCGCAGACAAAAUUCUCAUUCCCGAAACCAAUUUGAAAACCAUUCAGGUCACACUCGAAAAUGUGACCAUACCAACAAAGGAGACAACAUACUGGUGUCACAUACAAAAACUGGACGAGUCAUUUGCGACGAAACAGCAUAUAGUACAAUUCGAGCCCAUCAUAACCUCUCCCGAUUUGGUGCAUCAUUUGGAAGUUUUUCACUGCGAAACCGAACCACAAGUAGAAAUUCCGUUGUACAAUGGAGACUGUGUUAAAAUGCCGGUAGAAGCGAAAGUGUGCUCCAAAGUCAUAUCUCUGUGGGCUAUGGGCGCUAGCACGUUCACGUAUCCACCAGAAACUGGCUUACCAGUUGGCGGCAAGGACUAUAAUCCAUUCGUGCGGCUAGAAGUGCAUUUUAACAAUCCUGAAUUGAAAGCAGGUCGCCUUGAUAGCUCUGGCAUGAGAAUAAAGUUGGCAUCGAAGCUAAGACAGUUCGAUGCGGGCGUAAUUGAAUUGGGCUUAGAAUACACCGAUAAGAUGGCCAUUCCACCAGGUCAAGUGGGCUUCCCGCUAAGUGGUUAUUGCAUCGCCGAAUGCACUGAAGUGGCCCUCCCGUCCAGUGGCAUUAUCAUAUUUGGUUCUCAACUGCAUACACAUCUUCGUGGCGUUCGUAUUCUGACACGACAUUUUCGCGACAACGAGGAGCUACGCGAAGUCAAUCGAGAUGACUAUUUCUCGCAUCAUUUUCAAGAAAUGCGCAACCUGCAUUAUAAACCUCAUGUGCUACCGGGUGACGCUUUGGUCACAACUUGCUAUUAUAAUACUCUGGGCUAUGAAAAUACAACACUGGGCGGUUUUUCAAUCAGCGACGAGAUGUGUGUGAAUUAUAUUCAUUAUUAUCCGGCUACCAAGUUGGAGGUUUGCAAGAGUUCUGUCUCUGAAGACACGUUGGAAAAUUAUUUUAUUUAUAUGAAAAAGAAAGAACAUCAACGCGGCAUAAAACUAAGUGGAGCACGUUCAAAGAAUUAUCGCAGCAUCAAAUGGACCGAACCACGUGUGGACCAACUUUAUACCAUGUACAUCCAGGAACCACUCAGCAUGCAGUGCAACAAAUCGGAUGGUUAUCGCUUCGAGGGCUACAAUUGGGAGGGAGCACCAGUGACACCAGUGGCAAUCAAAAUCCCCAUGCAUAGCAAACUAUGUCCCAAUUAUAACCCGUUAUGGUUGAAGCCACUGGAAAAGGGUGAUUGCGAUUUACUGGGCGAAUGUAUCUAUUAAAUCUUCAACACAUUGCAGGCAUAAAGAUGUUCUACAUAGUACAUAGCUAUAAUAUUUGAAAGUGAAAUAUUUUGUAGAUGGAAAUUUGAGAAAAAUGAGAACUUUUAAAUACAAUGUGCAGUACAGCUGCCGCGCAAAAGCUUUAUGGAGUAAACCAGAAA